AGAGAGAGAGAGAGAGAGCGAAAGAGAGAGAGAAAUAACACGCUGUUGUGUUGGUGUGCGUGUCGUGCAGUUCAUCUGGGUUGGGUUGGGGGUUUCAAUUUCAAUUUCAAUUUCAUUUCGAAUAUCAAAUUUCAAUUAUAGCGCGAAGAAGAAAGGUGUAUGGCGGCACCGAACAACAACACGACGGCGAAACCAGGAACCCUAGGCGUAGGCGUGGCCGCUACUCCGCCUAAAUCCCAACGCGGCCAUAACAAACCAAAGUGCAAGCAGUGCGGCAAUGUGGCUCGUUCAAGGUGUCCCUACGAAUCAUGCAAGAGUUGCUGUUCCAGAAACCAAAAUCCCUGUCAUAUUCAUGUGUUAAAAGCUACUUCAACUUUUCCUGAUAAGACACCAUCUUCUGGUGCUGCUCCACUUGAUCAGCAAUCCUUAGAACAACCUCAGUCAACAAGUGCAGGUAGAGUUGCAUCACUUCGACAACUUUCCAAUAGUUUUGCUCAGUUCAAUAGUUUGCAUCUUUCACUUCGUUCAAAGAAGCCACUAACUAGAAAGGAUGCUGAAGCUAUAAAUGAAUGGAGAUUUUCUAAGUUAAAAGAAUAUAAGGAGCGGAAUAUUGAAGUGGAAAAUGAAGCUUUCGAUCGAUACAUGCUGAAUGUAGAUUUAUUAGAAGAAGUAUUAUCUGUAAAGUCUUUGGAUGACAAUGUAUCCUCUGCACUGGAGUCUAAUCCUACUCCAGAGAGCAGUGAGGUAAUGAUCCCUGGGUUAAAAUUGCAGCUAAGAUCAAAUACAAUGAGAAGUGAUGGGUUGAGAAUGAGAAUACAACAAAUUGUAGAUGAGGGAUUAAAGAAGCUUCAGAAACGUGCUGUAGAUGGUGACAUCAAUGAAUCAAUUGAUGAUGAAGCUAAGAAAGCUUCAAAAAGGGGGAAGAGGGUCGAAAGGUUAUCAGCUAUAAGUGAUCUUAUGGAUAAGAUUAAUAAAGCCCGAACUGAGGAGGAUUUGAAGUCAUGCUUGGAGAUGAAAGUCCAACUCUUCAAUUCAGAAGAAGGCUCUGCCUUGAUAGACCUUAAAGACAAUGAAAUCCUUAAGAAUCAAACUGCUGAAACUGAUGAGGUACAAGCCAAAGAAUUGGAUUAUUCUUUACCAAAAUUGAUUGGUACCACCGAAAUUGAUCAAGAAACUCUCAACACCGUAGACAAACACUUUUCUUCCCUUGAGCAUGUAGAGAAGUUAUGAAGCUAGAUUUCUAAUUAACACCUAGCUUCUUGAAAGAAACAAAUAUCUGAAUGUUGUACUGUUCUAGGAAAAUGCUCUCUAAUUAGAAUUAGAUAGUCAAAAUGGAGCCAAAAGAUGUUUUAAAAAUUAAACUGGACAAUUAAACCUGUUGAAGUUUGAACCGGUUAUAUUUUCAAUUUUGAGCACUGUCCAAUUUAAUUACGGUUCAACAACUCUUUUUAUCGGAUUAAUCAAAUUAUGAUU